AUGGUCACCGCUCUAGGCCGAUCCAUCCGCAGAUUCAAGCACGAGUCUAUCUUUCCCAAUGUAACCUUACUUCGCUAUGGAUGCAUUGGUUCAUCGCUGGUGAAGCCCAGUGUCACCAUUACAAUUCGGACCCUUGCUGUCUACCGACAAACACACCGUGUGUGCCCUCGUCUCAGCAUCCACGCUGAAGCCAAAAAAUUGUGUCAUCUGCAUAAUGUAUGCUAUAGACAUUAUUUUGCUGAGCAACUCCGUGCUGCCUUUGAUGUUUAUCUCGAGCUUCAACGAUGGAUCACUGCUCGUCUUGACAAGCACCUUGGUCGUGAUACUCCCAACUGGCGCAUGCUAAAUUCAUGCCCAGCAUGCCAUGGGCCUUAUGUUGACAUGUUUGCCGAUGAGGUUGGCAAUGCGCGCAACCAGCAGUCGAGGUCUCGCUCUGCCGCAACAGCAGCAACCAUCCGUGAUCCUGACAAUCCUUGGAUUGAGGAGCCUGAAUCAGGUGAUUCAUCUGAACCAGUGAGCAUAUGUGUUGAUCGAUGGCGUAAUGCGGCGCCAGAAUCAUGCAAGAAGAUGUUCGCAAUCUUCAAGAAAUCAGGAAUAUUCAUCACUGUCUGCCGUCAUGGCUUUCUUCUGACCAUAUGUGACAUGGUUCGGAGUGGCGAACUUAUGAAAUACCCAAUUGCGAGCCUCAACAAACUAAUGGAAGUUUUCGGGAAGAAUAUUCUUUAUGGCUACAACAUCAAAUGUGCGCUUGAGAAGAUCUUGCUCCGCAGCUCCUUGGCAAAUCGCAUCAAAGAACUCAACCUUCAUGGUGUGGUUCCUGCCUUUCAUGGUCAUGCUCACAAUUGCCUUUGCCAGGUCCAACACCAUUCCAAGUACAAGGUUGGCACUGGUAAAGAAGAUUUCGAGACUUGUGAACAUGUAUUUUCAGAGUCUAAUGCUCUAGCACCUGAAACUCGGAACACUACCGAAUUUCAUCGCCACCAAGCUCUCGAUGAACAUUUUUGCUUUGCUGAUAUGGAUAAAUAUGCUAACCUGUCUAAUUUUAUCUACAACAACUACAUUCAAGCACUCGAAGCUAUUGCUGCUACUUCUACAUUCCUUGCCGAGUCUCCGGUGGGACCUGAUGUGCCUUUUGAGGCUGAUUUGGAUGAUGAGAGGAUAUUGUUGGAGAAAAUGAGCAGCAAGAAAGACGCUGCACCUGUUGAAGUUGACUAUGUGAAGGCGUUGGUUGAAUAUGAGGAUGCGCUGCCAAACUACUCCUCGAAGGACAUCGGCAAUGUUCGGCGUCGACACACACAUGCUGCUGCUAAGCGCGACCAGAAGCAGGAAGUAGUCGAGGACUUUGAGCACCAGAUGGGGAUUGAUGAACGUUGGGGUCCUAAUCACCCAGAGCGUAUCCAGGCACAGUCACAUAUUACGCACCGCCUCUUUUUCAAGGCUGUCGAUGAUGUUGAGAGAUUGGUUGUCAUGCGACUAUUGGAACUUACAAAGUUGCAGAUGAACGGUCUUGGUUACAAACUUUGUACUCAAAUUUCCAAAGCCCUCAAAAGCCGCGCAACUGCUAUCCAAAAUGCCCUUCAACGCUACAAUAAGUACGCUGCUGAAAUGAUGCCACCCCGCCCUUCGCUCGAUUGGAACCAAAUAGUCGAGUAUUUUUUUUUAGCUGAGUUCAACUUGCUAUGUGAUAGCAAUGGGCAGAUCCAGACUAAACGGUGGGCGAACCCUCUUUAUUGGCAGGCAUCAGCACAAUACUUUGAUCGUGUGCGUGCCCAGGAAGAGCUGGAGAGGCUAAAUGUUGAAGUUGGUCGUUUGAUGAUGAAGAUUCGUGAUGACACUAUCUACUAUCCAAACACAAUUGCUAUCCUUUCCACUGAAGACCCGCCACUUGCCUCUGAGCUGAGUCGGCAAUGGGAACAGCUUCAGUCGGUGAACUCAUGGCAUCAGCGACACAUUCAUCAAAUUCAGACUCUUCAUGGAUAUUCUGGACCACGAUGGCCAGUGUUCAACUUCGUUAGUGACACUGUUGCUGGUCCCAAGGUCAAGGGUUUCAUCAUGCAGUGUAUUAGUAAGAAGAAGCAGUUAGCUGUGGAGAUCAUCGAUGACGCAUAUCAUGACCGGCUGAAGGCGCUACCUGGCAUGACUAUCUGAGAAUCAUUUGAGAGCAAGGUAGAGCGUGAACUAAAUCACGCUCAUGAUGACUCCAGUCAGUAUGCGCAGAAGAACCUGAAGAACAACAACAAUGUGAAGCAGAUGGUCACAGCUGGUUCCAAGGGUUCAUACAUUAACAUCUCGCAAAUGUCAGUUUGUGUCAGGCAGCAGAGUGUUGAAGGUUGUCAUAUCCCAUUCAGGUUCCGUCAUCGUACUCUUCC